CGACUGAGCCAACGGUUGGGCCUACGACGGCGCCGACGACCGAACCUACGGCUGGUCUUUCGUCUGUACCGACCACAACACCGAAGACUGGGCUUACGGUUGAGCCUACGACAACACCGACGACGGCUGCACCUGCAAUUACAUCCAUGACGGAAUCUACGACGGCAGCAACAUCGGCGCCUUCGACGACAGCGACCACAGCACCGACAACAGAGUCUACGGUAAAGCCUACGCAGACGCCUGAGACGGCGCCAAAGUCAACGGAUGCACCGACGGCACAUCCAACUGAAGCCUCCCCUCGGCGUCACCUUCAAGCCCUAGCCCGAGUGCGUCGCUUCAGCCGACCACAGCAGCGCCUUGGACGAGCUCUGCCAGCUCAACGCUGGUGCCGACUGAUACCGCGACCUCAGCGCCCAUGGACCUUGCGCUACCGACUUCAGCAUCGACGACGUCCACCGACACGCCCGUGCCAGGACCGUCGCCUUCGCCGUCGCCGUGGAGCGAGCCGUCCCCUUCGUCGCACGUGUUUGUCCCUCGUGGCGGCAAUCCUACAAGUGAGCCCGCGGCGUCACCAAGCCCAAGCUCCUUGACGGUGCCCACGAUGGCUGACAGCAGCACGACCACUGCGCCGCCAUCAACCCAAGCCAGCAGCGCAACCGCGCCAACGAGCAGCGCACCCGCACCGACGACCAGCUUGCGCACAACGGCACCGCCGGCGACGAGUCCCGCUGUCGAGGUCAAGAACCAAGCGUCGUCGGACGAGAGCAAUGGCUCUAGCGUCAUCGGCUUCAUUUUCUUGGGCUGUGUCGUCGCGGCCGCCGCCGCCUUUGGCUUCGUGGCCCUCAAGGCGCGGCGCAAGGUCGACGAGGACAAGGAGCGUGACCGCUUGUCUCUGAGCCACCAAGUUGUUGCGACCUCCGACCGCGCCAGCCACAUCGCCGUGCUGUAGAGGCAAAUUUCAUGUUAAGUGUUAAACUUUUUGACAAGCAGUGAGU